AUGGAUAUUGCAAGAAUAAGAAUAUUCAGACAGAGUAUUCCGCUAUUCCUGCUCGUCGCAUCGGCCGCAGCCCAGCAAAGUGCAUCAGCAGGAGACGAACCCCAGCAACCCGGAACCAUUCGCAGGGGCAAAGUCCGUAGGGUCAAGAAGCUUCGCCAGCAGCAAUCCGGAAACGAUUUCCGCUCGAGUCCCCAGCAACAACAACAACAACAACAACAACAACAAUUCAUUGCUCCAGCGUCAUUGGGUCAACUCCCAACACUGCCACCCAUCACUGGUGCUGGCAACCCCAAUAAUUUCCUGCCACCGCAACAACAGGUCAGCAGCAGUAGUGAUGUCGGGAACAGUGCUGGUCCGAAUGCGGUCUUCGCUCCGGAACAGAAAUUUGACAAAGGUGCCUCAGCACCGACCCGGGGUCCUCCAGUCCCGAUUUACAACCAAAAUUUCAAGAUCGACGAUGUCGGCAACUAUCAGUUC